UAGGAGUAUGGCGAAGUUGGCGGCCAUUAUGGCUAAUGGUGGACAACCCCUUGAUGUUAAUUCUAAUGAAGAAACUUCAUCGAAUAAUACGUUUCAUGAACCACAGCUACUCUCUCCUUCAACCUAUUCACUGAUUACUACGCGUCUACCAACGACUUUUGAUCAAGUUCUUCAGGAGAACAUCACAGCGACGAUCGGAGGGUUCGGAUACUUUCGAUUGGAAGGAUUUGAGGAUAUGGAAUUCAUAGGAUGGGGUGGAUCUGGGGGAAGUUUGCUUUUGUGGAAUCCGGAAUUGAAAGUUGGCUUCGGGUAUUGUAUGAAUGCAUUCCACACUGCAUUGUUGGGAGAUAAGAGAAGUUUGAAAAUGUUGAAAGAAGUAGUGGAUUAUUGGUUAGUAGCGGAGUCACAGCAAACUGUCCGGUGGAAGUUCACUGGUACGGGUGCGCAACAAUUUACUUUGUAUAUAAGUAACGAUAAUUAUAAAUUAUCUCCUCAAGCGCUUGCUAGUAACGUUAUAGUUACUGAUGAAAGUAGAGAUGUCAGAGUCAGUUUGAAUCCUCAGUAUUAUAAUGACAAUG